CUGGGCCGACCCAUCGUCCACGUCGGAUUGCUCAAAUCCAGUCGUUCUCGUCGAGUUCUCACUCAAACGUCUGUCAGAUUUCAGAUGACAUCUGACUGUGUCACACAGUGUAGAUAGAUAAGUGCGGUUUUUUCUUGAGACGGGAUUAGAUUUCCUCCAAGACGAGGAAUUGAGAUUUAAAUUUAGUCAUUUCGGAUUAUUGAGGUGUCAGUGCCACACGUCUGGUGUCGUCCGUCCAGCUCUUGUCUUAAUUAUAAAUUGUCCACUGCUAUGAGAUGGAGUGAAGUGUUGGAAAGUGGUGAAAAGCUGUCCUGAAAGAUAGAUUAAUAAGAAAACUCUAAAAUCGACCUCUAUCUCUCUCUGGAGUGAUUGCUAAGGAUAUUUUUCGAAUUUUAACGAGUCAAACCGAACACAGUGGAUUCGAAUGUGACUUUGUUCAAGACAGUGUCCUGUUGUGAAAAUAAAGGAACGGUUGAGACAGAGUGGGUCACGUGUUGAUAGUGCGCUUCGAAUUAUGGCUCUUGAAGAUCGUGUUAGUCCACAAAGUGCCCCAAGUCCUCCAGGAGUCCCGCAUUCCCCGCAAAGCACAGCAUCACCUUCGAUCCUCGAUAUGAGCCUUCAUUCGCAAUGUUUGCAUAGUCCUCAUCAUAUGGCGCACACCAUAUCAGAGGGUCAUACUCAUCUGAUUCCCGCCUUCAGUCAAAAGAUGUCGCCUCCAGUGCAUAGUGAAGAUCGUUUCUCGCCAGAUAACAACGAUGAUGAAGAUGAAGAAAUUGUGAUCAAAGAAGAGGAGGAGAAUGACUCAGUGAUAAUGGACGAACAGGAUCAACAAGAACAAAUAUCCGCGGGGAUACAACCUCCACAGCUUCCUUGUAUAAGUUUUUCGAUUACGAAUAUUUUGAGUGAUCGGUUUGGAAAGAGAAAAAUCUGUGUUCCUGAGAAGAAGACAAAUGGCACAAUAUUUCGUCCUUUUGAGAUUUCAAGGCGAAGUCCUUCACCGCAACCUAUUGUCGAGAAGUCAGCUUUCACACGACUUAUUCCUGAAGUGAUCGACUACAGUCGUCCUCCUCCUCCAUCAGCUGUCCUUCCCAAUCCUUUGAUGAUUGAGCGUGCCAACUUCCUAAAUUGCUUUAAUCCUGCCACAUAUCCGCGUAUCCACGAGGAGAUAUUGAACAGUCGUCGCAAUGGAUGUCGCCCGAAUGAUAUUAAAAUGCCACCUUUGGGGAGUCUAUGCAAAACGGUGUCACAAAUCGGCCAAACUCCUUCGCUUCCACAACAAUCCCACUGCCUUGCUAGUCCACCACCGUCUUCGUCGAUCUCGUCGUCAUCUGUAUCCUCGACUUCCGCUUCUCCUGCUUCAGGAUGUCGGGUUUCAUCCGCGAAUUCUGCUUUGAGUCCGCAACCUAUGUCAGGAGGAACCCAAUCGCUGAAUGGACGCGAUUCUGGUAUGGAAUCUUCAGAUGAUACUAGAUCGGAGUCGGGAAGCACCAAAGAUGAUAAUGGACAACAGUUGUGGCCUGCAUGGGUGUAUUGUACACGAUAUAGUGAUCGGCCGAGUUCAGGACCUCGUUAUCGAAGGCCCAAGCAGCCCAAGGAUAAAGCCCAAAGUGAUGAAAAGCGACCACGCACUGCCUUUUCAAGUGAACAAUUGGCAAGACUGAAACACGAAUUCAACGAGAAUCGAUACCUAACUGAGCGACGUCGCCAGCAACUCAGCUCCGAAUUAGGCUUAAACGAGGCCCAGAUAAAGAUCUGGUUCCAGAAUAAGCGAGCGAAAAUCAAGAAAUCCAGUGGUACUAAAAAUCCUUUAGCACUUCAACUGAUGGCUCAAGGACUCUAUAACCAUUCCACUGUACCUCUGACUAAGGAGGAGGAGGAGCUAGAAAUGCGAAUGAACGGGCAGCUGUAAUAGGCGAAAAUUCCAUUAAGAAUCAUCGUCGUUAAAUGUAAAUAAGAUGUUUCUAUUAAGGAAAUUUGUACAAAAAAAUCUGAAAGGAGGAAUAUCUUUAGUAUUAUUUUACAUUCUAUGGAACAUUUCAAAACUUUCUCAUGCUUCUGACGGACGAUGGAAUUCUGACGUUUCCGUUUCGCUUUGAAUUUCUAGGGGGUCGAAAAAUGUAUUCCUUAAUGUGAAAUGAUAGACUCGUAUUUGACUAACAAAUACGAUAAAACCAUUACAAAUUCCGUCUAACAACAGUAAUUUAUCAAAAAGUGGGAGGUAACCGUCUGUGCGGAAGCAGUAAUGUGCAAUUUGUAGAGUUAAUUUUAUUAUAAUUAAAAAGUAAUGCGAUAUGUAGUGCGAGUUUUGCUCCCCCCUGGUAUCUUUGGUGUCUAACUUGUUCCUUUGGUAUCUAAAGAUGCAGCUCGGCAAACCUCCAGCUAUUCACACUACCAAAGUUCGCACUUUAGAACAUUCAUACAUGAUAGACUAGAAUUAAAUCAAUUGAAUCGCAAGAACCAUACAAAUGUACAUAAAUAUCUUUAAUAACGAAGCUAAAGAUUAUGUUAAAACUAAGCUAACAAGAAACUCAUUAAACAAUAAAGAAUGGCAAACAAAAACUGAAGUUUCACCCCAAGAGUCUAUAGGUUAAGAUGUAUAAAUUAUUAACGAGCCAAUUUAAGAAAAUUCAUGAGAUUAUGCAUUGUAAAAUUAUAUUCGUAUAUACACAAAAAAAAAGUAUCUUUUGUUUCUAUUUUUAUUUGUAGAAAUGUUUUAGUUGCUACUCGUAGGAACCGAUGUAUUAUUGUAAACAUUUUCAUUAAGUUUUCAAAAGAACAUGUGAUAAAUUAUUUCAAUAGUGGUAAUGAAUAAUAUAUGUAGACGAUUUUCAUAUUAAUUAAGAGGAAAAAAAGGAAAAGUGUAAAGAGGAAAAAUGUAUGUUUAUGGAAAAGAUUAAUGAAGUUCGAGAUGAAUAUAAAUAAGAUGUUCAAUUCAA